AUGCCCUCCUCUCGUCGCAUUUAUGCCCCUGUGCCCCCUCGCUCACGCUCCUUAUACCUCAGAUCUCUCGCCGCCUAUGCCUCCUCACUCCUGCCCCCUGUCCUCCCCAUCCCUGCCCCCUAUGCCUCCUCACCCCUUCCCUAUGCCUUCCUGUCUAUGCCCCCUCGCCCACACUCCUUAUACCUCAGAUCUCUCGCCGCCUAUGCCUCCCCACCCCUGCCCUAUGCCUUCCUGUCUAUGCCCCCUAUGCCUCCCCAUCCCUGCCCCCUAUGCCUCCUCACCCCUGCCCUAUCCCUAUACGCCUCCUAUACCUCUACCCACACCCUCUAUACCCCUCAUCCCCGCCCCUUAUGCCACCUCACCCUUCCCGUUAAUGCACCCCAUGCCUCCUUCCUUCUCCUGUGCUCCUUCCCCCAUGCCGGUUAUGCCCCCUAUGCCUCUUCACCCUUGCCCCUUACAUUGCCUCACUCUAACCCUCUGCGCCUCCUCUACCCCUACCCACACCCUCUAUACCCCUCACCCUCGCCCCCAAUGCCCCCUCAUCCCGCCCCUAAUGCCCCUCCCUCGCGCCCCCCUAUGCUUCCCCACCACUGCCCCUUAAACUGCCUCAUUCUAGCUCUCAGCGCCUCUUAUACCCCUCCUAUGCCCCUCACCCAUGCCCCCUAUGCUCCCUCUGCCCCGUCCUUUCUGACCCCUCAACCACAUCCACUGACGACCUCUCUUCCAUGCCCCUAA